UGUUUGCAAUCCGAGUAAGACAGAGCUCGCCACUAUUGACUACCUAGUAAGAUUGGACAAGAUUAUGUGAAGUAUGUGCCUUGGUAAAGUUCCUUGAAGCAGCAACAAUAAAGCUGGUGUGGCAAAGCAAAUUGAGUCAUGAAAUAAGAACAUGGUUAUAGCAUCCCUUGGCCCAUUCUGUGGUUUCACUGCUCAAAGACUCAAAUGACCACAAAUUGGUCGGCUGUGGAUGCUGCAUUCCAUCUUUACAUUUUGGCUAUGUUGGAUGGGAGAUCCCGUAAGCUCAUUUGGCUCAACAAUAGAAGUCUGAGUUCAGGCGGGUGUUAGGAUAUGUUUACCGAAAAAGUGUAUUUUUUAAAGUGUAGACCCCCAUACUCAACUGAUUCUUUGGCGCAGGAUAACAUUGCAAUGUCCGUACCCAUUGCUGAUGGACGGUGUCUAUUUCGUUUCCUGACCGUGACAAGUUUCUCUUCUUGUUUCAAGAAGGGCUCUCCGAUCCAUCACGGCAUCACAAUCACAUAUUAUCCUGUCACUAUUGCCCUCCAUUCCUCGUGAAUUUUGCCCCGCCUUCAUUUUCAGACUUGUCACAAUGCCGACCUCGAAGCUGAGGCAGCAGUUUAAAAUGGAGAAGGCACUCUUUUACAUUAUCCCAUCAUGUGACAUCCACCUUUCCCUGGCAUCUUUAGUCCAUCAAUGAAGGUCUGUCGCUGAUUUUAACGGCCAAAGUUUCUAGAUUUGACAGAGUGAUUGUAAUGCGAUCAAAUACUAGACGGUUUGCGCAUCUGCUACAUAAAGUUUUGCUUUUGUUUAUAUGGAUGAUGAAAGAGACGCAGAGGAUGCUAUUCAGGCACUUGACCGAGUAGAAUUUGGCAGAAAAGGACGAAGGCUUCGUGUUGAGUGGUCAAAGGAAGAACGGAGCAGGAAGCCCGAGGGUUCUAGAAAAUCUUCAUCAAGCUUUAGAGUAUCCAAGACCUUGUUUGUCAUAAAUUUUGAUCCACAUAAUACUAGGACAAGGGAUCUGGAAAGGCAUUUUGAUCCACAUGGAAAAAUACUCAAUAUAAGGAUCCGAAGGAAUUUUGCAUUUAUUCAAUUUGAAACACAGGAGGAUGCCACUAGAGCCCUGGAUGCUACAAAUAUGAGUAAGCUGAUGGAUCGAGUUAUCACAGUGGAGUAUGCAAUCAAAGAUGAUGAUGAUAGGAAAAAUGGACACGGUCCUGGUAAAACCAAUGAUAGAUCACCUAGGAGAGGUUAUGACCGAGUUCGAUCUCGUAGUCCUUAUGGAAGAGAUCGGCUGAGUCCAGACUAUGGUCGUGGUCGAGAUCGGCCAAGUCCUGACUAUGGCCGUGGUAGAGAUCGGCCAAGUCCUGACUAUGGUCGUGGUAGAGAUCGGCUAACUCCUGAUUAUGGUCGUGGACGAGAUCGGCUAACUCCUGAUUAUGGUCGUGGACGUAGUCGAAGUCCUAAGCAUAGGGAAAGGAAUUCUGAGUAUGGCCGUGACCAUAGUCCAGCUGUAGGAAAGGAAAGAAAUCGUGGUCAUGACAAUGUUCGUAGCCCUAGCCCUCGUAGGGAAAGAGCAGAUCUAGGAAAUGGCCUUACGAGCAGUCCGCUGAAAAGCAGAAGUCCUGGUUUUGAUGAUAGACCCAGUCCUAGUCCUCAAAGGGAGAGGAGAGAGAAAUAUAGCCCAGAUGGUUAUAAUCAUGGCAGCAGCCCAGGUCCUAAACGUGAACCAGUCGAAAGUCCUGUACGUGAUGCGAAGGAAAGUUCAGAGCGAUACCGGAGUCGUUCACCUCCAGCUCGGGAAAGAUCACGCUCCUAAAUUGCUUGAAGCUGUUUUGAUCCUUGGGUAAUGUCUGUAGGGUUGUUAAGUUGAAAGUGGUACUUGUAGAAUUACACCUUGAAGUUGCUGGAGCAUCAAAGUAGCAUGUGGGUUUGAGAACCACUGUAAUAUACCUUGGAAAAUUGAUUUUGCUGUUGGAAGUGAUUUGGAACUGCUACCAUGUAUUUUCGUUGUUCACUUCUUACUCUGUUUUCCAUUUGACGAGGAUCUGGCAAGACUUGGGCCAUAUCUUUCUUAGCUGGUUUCACCAACAAUUUUUGUUUAUCCCUCAAUGUGAUGAUUGAUUAGUAAAGUUGUUUAUCACUAUUAACAAAUCAUUGUUAAUUAUGAAGAA